AUGAACUUCGAAAGCGAUUGGAUGUUAGACUUCGUCCUCCCAAAACCAGAUACUUCAGGCGGACCAAAAGAUGAGGGGUCACAGCGAUCCAAAAAACCGGAGACAGUUGCUUUUCAUGUCGAACAAAACAAGGUCCAGUCGUCAUCUCCUGCUUGCAGCUCUAUCCUUCACGAAAUCGGCAAUCUCAUCCCAAUAGCUCUGGAAAAUGUCAUGAACGGUCUUUAUCGGCCCAUCAAUCCCAUGAAAAAGUACGAAGGACUGUUUCUAGUUGGAUACAUAUACAGCAAAGCAAAGCAAUAUAGUUCGCGGUUUACGGACAUAAAUCCCUCCACCACUACUUCGGGCGGGGCGGCAAGAACCGAUUAUAUCAAUUACUUUCUUCCGCCGAAUGUCGACUCCAUAUCUAUCAUUAUCAAGGACUAUAAUUUUACGCAAACUGAUUUUUCGGUGAGCACACUCGAGCCAUUCAACUCGGAGGACCCUUCCAAGCGGACUUUAUAUCUCAGUCUCGGCUGGCUUCGACAGAGCUGGGAAAAUCCACUCCCUUGGCAAACGCCAGCAGUCCGACGACUUGUACUAUUGGAACUUCUGACGCACGAGCUUGCGCACGUCUACCAAUACACAAGACCUGACUAUCUGAAUGUCAAGAAGAAGCAGAACCAACCUCCACCCCGAGCACUCAUAGAAGGAAUUUCGAAAUUCGUCACUCUUCAAGCCGAUCUGGCGUGGCAGGGAGUCAAGACGCCGGAACUGCUCGGAAAUCUGCCUGCUAAGUGGGAUCUAAAUUCUGAGCACACGGCGUACUUUUUGCUAUGGAUUGAAAACGUGAAGAAUGGGAGGGGAUCAAUCGCCUCUCUGAACGAUCGAAUCUCGAAAGAGUAUUACUGGGGGUUAGAAAGAACUUGGCUAAAAGAGCAUAAGGGGUCUGGAGAUGAGUUCUGGAGAGGUCUUUUUGGAGCGAGCGCCGAUGAACUUUGGGGUGAGUAUACUCAGUAUGUCGACAAGGAAGGGUAUUUGAGUCCCUUGAAGUGGGCUUCAUAUUCGAUCAAAUCAAUCACGACAUCACCCCAGAAUACUGUCAAGUGGCUUAAACGAAUCUUCUUCACAAUCUGGAGAAAGUUUAGCUAUUGGAAACGGUUCUCAUUUACCGUGUUUCAUUGCUUGUUGAGAGGCAGCUCCCGCUAUGUCGUUGUGCUCAUUACGCCAGUUCUUUUCGCUACCAUCACCUUGCCUAUUUAUAAGUUGGCCUACGAUCGCAUCCGCAGGUCAAGACCUAGUAUUGGUACUCCCAUAUCUGUAUUCUCCGAUGGCCUAUCGUUGUUGAUAUCUGGUUUAUCUCGGGGAUGGCAUGGUGUGAAGUUACUCGCUUCAGGCAUGUGGGUGUGUAUAUCUGGGUUUCUCUUCCUGUAUUGGCACGCACUAGCUGUUCUAUUUCGGAUUGAAAGAAGACUAUACACGUUCGUAUCGUGGGGCUUUGAUGCCGUCCCACUUUGGUUCGGUAAAGGUUUGAUAUCAUUUGUCCGAAUUCUUCUGUCGUGGGUUUGGUUAUGGGUGCUUACGUCUUUGGUUAUCGUCAACAUGCUUCUACGUAUUCCACUAUCUUUGAUCAAAUUUGUCGUGGUCUGGAUCAUAUCGAUUUUGUUUGGGACUAUAGCUUGGUUAGCUCCCCCUUGGUCUUCUGCCAACUCGGAGUUACCCUCUCCUGUGUUUUCUCCUGGGCCUUCUCCUGGGUCCUCUCUUGACUCCACGCCUCCUCCCUCCCCUCCCAAUCUUUCUUAUCCACCAUCUCCUUCUUCUUCGAUGCCUACUCCGACGAUCCCUCGAGAUCGACAGAUACGUUCGCCAUCUCCACCAUCAUCUCCAUCUUCUACGCCUUCACCUGUUACCACCUUCGCACCAUCGCCACACCCUGGCCCUAGCCUUUCACCCCCCACUUAUUACCCCGAUAGCCAUAUCCCCAGCACAGAAACUCCAGCAUGGGAAAAUACAUCCUACCGAUCACCGUAUCCUCCGAAAGAGACCAUCAUUAAAGAGGAAGAGAUACAGGUACAAUUUGAAGAAAAAGUGCAAGAGGAGGAGGAGGAGGAGGAGGAGUACCGCAUAGAGGAAAUCUUACGAUCGCGAAAGUACGGUAAGAAACUAAAGUACCGCGUGAAAUGGUACGGCAAGCCUGCAGAUCAGAAAUGGUAUGAUGCCGCCGAGCUUCGAUAUCAACCACACAUGCUGGAAGAUUUCCAUGCCGCACAUCCCGAUCAGGUCGGGCCUCCGGUGCGAUUGUUGGAUUGGCUUCAUGCAGCUGAGAAUGACCUGGAGCCUAGAAGGCAUCCUGAUGAUAAUGUGGCUCGCAUAUAA